AUAAAAAACAGUGACCCCUUUCUCUUCUCUCCUCCCGUUUGCGAAGGAUCGAGAGAUCGAGAGAGAGAGAGAGUGGGAGAGAUUCGGCGAUCGGUGACGAUGAAGGCGCCGCCACCAGCGGCGGCGAGGGAACGGCGAGCGUUGGCGGCGGUGAGCACGGGGGCGGCGGCGCUCUCUCUCGGGGGCUCCACCUUCAUCGUGCUCUGCUACGUCCUCUUCAAGGAGCUCCACAAGUUCUCCUUCAAGCUCGUCUUCUUCCUCGCCCUCUCCGAUAUGUUUUGCAGCCUCUUCACCAUAAUAGGCGACCCAUCAAAUGGAUUUUUCUGCUAUGCUCAUGACUACAGUGCACACUUCUUUUGUGUGGCAUCGUUUUUGUGGACUACAACGAUUGCAUUCACUCUUCAUCGUACAGUUGUUAAACAUAAAACGGAUGUUGAAGACUUUGAAUCUGUUUUCCACCUGUAUGUAUGGGGAACCUCACUUGCUAUGACUAUUAUACGUGCAAUUGGCAGUGAUUAUGGACGGCCUGGUGCGUGGUGCUGGACUGAACCUGCAAAUACUGGAAAGGUAGCGCACUUGAUAACAUUUUAUGGUCCAUUGUGGGGUGCAAUUCUUUACAAUGGUUUUACAUAUUUUCAAGUAAAUCGCAUGUUGAACAAUGCGACAAAGAUGGCUGUUGGCAUGGGUGGAUCAAACCAAUUUGAUACAAGGGCAGAUAGGAAGGCAUUCAAUCGGUGGGGUUACUACCCUUUGAUUUUAAUAGGCUCUUGGGCUUUUGGAACCAUCAACCGUCUAUAUGACUUUGUUAAUCCAGGCCACAAGAUCUUCUGGCUUUCAUUGCUUGAUGUUGGAUUUGGUGGACUUAUGGGACUCUUCAAUUCGAUUGCUUAUGGGCUCAACUCCUCUGUCCGUAGAGCAAUUUCGGAAAGAGUCGACAUGUGGAUACCGGAGAGAUUCGGAAGAUGGCUUCCUACUUGGCUGAAACCCAGAAGUCAACAGCAAGAAAACGAGCUCGUUUCACUUAUCGUUGAGGGACAAAGAUAGUAAAUUUCCAAUUCAGCUCUUUUUAUUCAUUUCAUGACACAAUUCAUUUAGACUCAUCAAGUUCAUUGGCGAGAAGAACAAGAGAAAUUGACGAAGAAUACCGAUUCAAAGCAGCUGCUCUACUCUACCUUCAUUUUUUCAUCUUGGUUUUUGCAGAUAUCGACACCAUUAAUAUUCUCUCUCUUAUAUUCCUGCUAUUAUUGUUUGUAGAGUUUUUCUUGGGGAAAAUCUUGAGGAUGGUAAGGAUAGGGUGGAGAGAAUUACUUGCAAAUAGAAUGCUCAAUAGAUUAGGAAUGUAAAUUGUUGUGCUCAGAUUAUUUUGUUUCCUGUUUUCCCCCUCUCCAGUGUAUCAUUGUCAGUAUAUUUUUUGAGUUCAUACCACUAUUUUUUUUUUUUUCUCUUUUUUCUUUGGAAUAAAUCUUAUCACAGUUUGUGGGUGAGCUAGCAAUUGUUUUUCGUAGAAUUACCAUACUUACGAUUUGGCCC